AUGCCCGGCGGCGACGACCUCUACGAUGACGCUACAGAGAUCGACGACGGUCUGGUUGAGAUGUUCAUGAUUGUUGGCCUGGCUGCCAUGCUUGCUUUUCUGGUAUACUAUCGCCAGCAGAGACAGCAGGAAGCAAGACGCAGAACAGAGCAACAGGGUCAGCAGCAAGGAGGAGAUGUGGAUGCUGCACCACCGCAACAGCAAGAUCAAGGCUUCUUCCCACCACCGGGAGAGCCCGAGUUUGCCAAUUGGGUUGCUGGAGGAGUGGGCCACUGA